AUGAGUUUCUUCAAGUCAAGUAAGAAAUUAAAACAAAAGGAAGAAAUCGAUGCACUGAUACUGGAAAAAGAUGACUUGAGAAAGAGCGAAGAGAAGUCAAAGCAACUGGCGAAAGAAGCAGAGGGUAAAGCCGUGACAUUAGAGCAGACUAUAAAGGAACUUAAAGCUGAAAAUGAAAAUUUGAAAAGCAAACUUCACACAGAAGAACCUUACGAAAAAAUAUUUAACGAGCGACAGGCCUUGAAAGACGAAAAUAAUGAUAAGUCGCUCAAAAUAGAGGAACUAGAAAAGGAUCACCAGAAAUUUGACCAAGAAAUAACAACAUACAGAAAAGAAAUGGCUGAAUUACAAAAAGAGCUUGAGCGAAAGAAACAGGAACAUGAUAGUUUAAUGACAGAGAUUGAAACAGAGAAAACGAAAAUUAAAGAACUAGCAGAAGAAAAAGAGGAGCUUAUUAAUCGAAUAGAGGAGCUCGAAAAACGAAACAUUGGAUUUGAAGACGAAUUCUCCGUUUUAAAAGAUGAAUUUAAAACCUUGAAAGCCGAGAGGGAUGAAAUUUCACAACAAAUUACUGACGCCAAACAGAAAGAAAGCAAACAAAAUAUGAUGUAUAUUGAAGAACUGAGAAAAGAGCUGGCCGAGAAUAAAACACGCAUUGAAACACUUUUAUUGGAAAGUGAAGCUCUUAAAUCGGAAAAUGAAUCGUUAUUUCGGGCUAAUGAUUCCAAAAAGGAGGAAAUGAUGGAGAUUCAAAAAGAAGUUGGCGGAAUCAAAACUGAAUUGCAAUUAGAAAAGCUCAGAUAUCAAAAACUUAAAAAAGAGUGGGAUGAAGAAAAAAAGAAAACCGAAUUCGUGCUUGUUAGCAAACGUAAGAGUAAACACAAAAACGCAAUGGAAUCGUUCAAAGAAGAAAAUGACUCAGAAGAGGAGCACGUUUUGAAUGUGGUUGAAGCUGCGAAAAUUGAGCGAGAAACAUUGAAAACCAGAGAACUGGAAUUAAAGCGAAGAGUAAGUCAAUUAGAGACUGACAAACAAGAAUUGUUUCGCUCCGGUACGAAUUUGUUUGCUGAAAAUAAAACACUGAAAGCAAAAUAUGACACCGUUGUUGGGGAAAGAACAACAUUGCUUCAAGUUGAGGCAGCACUAAAGCGAAGGGUGCGUUCUCAAGAAGAAGAAAUAAAAGAUCUAAAGAAAACUGUUGAUGACUUGUAUUAUCAAAAUAUGUCAAUAAGAACGAAUGACGAAACAGAACAUAAACAAAAAGCCUAUGUUGUCGUCAUGGGGAAUGAAAUGAUAAAACAACUUGAGCGAGAGAAGAGUGCUUUGCACAGGCGUGUAAAAUACCUAGAAAGAGAGAACAACGAAAUAGAAUCAAGAGUAAUUGAACUUGAACGCAGAUCAAAAGAACUAAAUGAUUAUACUUCGAUGCAUGAUGUGAAAAAAUCAUCAUAUACAGCUCCACUCACUAGGCGCGAUAGUUUCAGACAUGGAGACAGAGAUCAAGGAAAUGUUUCUUACAGAGACAGGGAAACACAAUCGGGAAGAAAUAGGGAACUGCAAACGAAUCGCGAGGAUCGUCAUUCUGGCAGGGAUCAAGAACGACUAACAGAUCGAGAACUGGAUCGUCGUAUCAAAAGGUUGAUUGAUGACAGACCGCCUUCUGGUAAAGUUUAUCAUGAAUACAGGGAAAGAAGCAGACCCACAACUCUAUUACCGAGCAAAAGUCCAGAUUACUACAAAAGCAACGUGCCGCCGUUUAACUACGCAAGUUCAAGACAGCCUAGCAUGGGAAUUGGAAGUGUCAGGUCACAACACAGUCAUGGUUCCCAUGUAUCUCUGCCUCACAUUGGAAGUGGAAGCAAGCUCCCGUCUCCAAGAACGCCAAGAGGCAAUGACUCACGCGCUGACUCGCCGCCUCUAGUAAAAAAAUAGAUAUUGUAUGAAUAAGGUCUGUAAAACCUUAAAAUGCUUUGUUAUUUGUGCAGAUAUUAAAAGUAUUUAUUAUUCAUUUUUAAUUGUUCCAGUGACUAUGUUUAACCGCAUACAGUUUGUUCAGCUUUUGUCAC